AGCGAUUCGAAACACUGCCGACAUUACCAACCACACACCACAAAUCAGUGCAUAAAUCAUCUGUAACUAAAAUUUAUCAAGUGUGAGGUUAGUUAUGUGAUAUAAAUAAUUUUUUUUCUCAUUAUUUGCUAUGGCAUAUCGUCUCAUUAGCACCAGUAAAAAGUUAGAAAAAUUGCUAUUUAGAAACCUCAAACAAUGCAACGUUAGUGUAAGCAAAAAUAAUUCAACAUUUAAAGCCGUAUUAAACCAAUGGAGACUCUUCUGCGAGAAACCGCCUAAAGGUUUUGAGAAAUAUUUUGAGCCGGGAUCCAAACAGAAAGCAAAAGAUGCAAAAACAGAACCUCCGAAGGAGGCUAAAGAGAGCAAAGAAACCAAAGGAAAAGAAGCGAAGGAGGAGCAGCCUAAGCCGCCCCCGAAGACAAGCCAAUCUGGUAGCUCCAAACCCUACGACCAGUGGUCCUUCGGGCUAUUUGGAGGCACCGGGAGCAGUAGGGGUAGUGGAGGGAAGCCCUUUGGGGACGGCGACAGAGACAAGUGGUACAUUUUGGGAGCAGGAGCGGCCAUCGCAUUUCUUGCCACUAUAACAUUAUGGGAGAUGGGCUAUAAAGAAAUCGGUUGGAAAGAAUUCGUACAUAGCUAUUUGUCAAGAGGUAUUGUAGAAAAAUUAGAAGUUGUUAAUAAAAAAUGGGUUAGAGUGAGACUUCUCCCCGGAAAUACCGUGGAUGGUGCUAAUUUUGUUUGGUUUAAUAUUGGUAGUGUUGAUUCAUUUGAACGUAAUUUAGAAAAUGCACAAAUAGAAAUGAAUGUUGAGCCUCCUAAUUUUGUACCCGUUAUCUACAAGACUGAAGUUGAGGCUGCUAGUUUAUCGGGUAUUUUACCGACGCUGCUUGUAAUUGGAUUCCUUAUUUACAUGAUGAGACGAUCUGCCGAGAUGAUGGGUGGAGGAAAGAGGCGCCGUGGAGGUGGCCUUUUUGGAGGUGUAAUGGAAAGCACAGCCAAACUUAUAAAUUCUAAUGAAAUUGGAGUGAGGUUCAAGGAUGUGGCUGGAUGUGAAGAAGCUAAAAUUGAAAUUAUGGAGUUUGUAAAUUUUUUGAAAAACCCUCAACAGUAUAUUGAUCUUGGGGCAAAAAUUCCGAAGGGAGCGAUGUUGACAGGCCCCCCCGGUACCGGAAAAACCCUCCUCGCCAAGGCAACAGCCGGCGAAGCCAACGUACCCUUCAUCACAGUCUCCGGUUCGGAAUUUCUUGAGAUGUUCGUCGGCGUGGGUCCCUCCAGAGUCCGCGAUCUCUUCUCAAUGGCCCGAAAACAUGCACCUUGCAUUCUCUUUAUCGACGAAAUCGAUGCGGUUGGACGUAAAAGAGGGGGGCGGAGUUUCGGCGGUCAUUCCGAGCAGGAGAACACCCUGAAUCAGCUUUUGGUGGAGAUGGACGGCUUUAACACCACCACUAAUGUUGUAGUGUUGGCGGCCACUAAUAGAGUGGACAUUUUAGAUAAAGCUUUACUCAGACCGGGACGAUUCGAUAGACAAAUAUUCGUCCCGGCACCUGAUAUUAAAGGACGUGCCAGUAUUUUUAAAGUACAUUUGGGGCCUUUGAAGACGCAGUUGGACAAGAACGACCUGGCUAGGAAGAUGGCCGCUCUUACUCCUGGAUUCACAGGUGCUGACAUAGCAAAUGUUUGCAACGAAGCGGCUCUGAUAGCAGCCCGCGAUUUGAACGAUUCAAUAAACAUGAAAAACUUCGAGCAAGCCAUCGAGCGAGUGGUCGCCGGUAUGGAGAAGAAAACGAACGUGUUGUCGCCAGAAGAGAAGAAAACGGUGGCGUACCAUGAAGCCGGACACGCAGUAGCCGGGUGGUUCCUCCAAUACGCCGAUCCUUUACUCAAAGUUUCUAUAAUCCCACGUGGUAAAGGCCUGGGCUACGCCCAAUACUUACCCAAAGACCAGUAUUUGUACACUAAGGAGCAACUUUUCGACCGAAUGUGCAUGACCUUAGGUGGGCGUGUUUCAGAAGAACUUUUCUUUAAGAGAAUUACGACGGGCGCUCAGGAUGACCUUAAGAAGGUCACGCAGAGUGCGUACGCGCAGGUGGUACACUACGGUAUGAACGACAAAGUCGGGAAUGUGAGUUUCGAUAUGCCCAGAGAGGGAGAAAUGAUGCUGGAGAAGCCUUACUCAGAGAGCACAGCUCAGAUGAUCGACGUUGAAGUGAGAAAUCUUAUAACGAAAGCUCAUGUAAGAACGACACAGUUGUUGACUGAGCAUAAAGACAAAGUUGCGAAGGUUGCCGAGAGGUUGUUGAAGAAGGAGAUCAUCAGUAGGGAGGAUAUGAUAGAGUUGUUGGGGAAGAGGCCGUUCCCGGAGAAGUCCACGUAUGAAGAGUUCGUCGAAGGGACGGGAUCUAUCGAAGAGGACACGUCGUUACCUGAAGGGUUGAAGGAGUGGAAUAAGGAGAGGACAACGGAGGAACAACCUCAGAAGUCGCCCGUGUAAUUUUUUCUGUGGUAGUUGAUCGAUUUUAAUUGACCGAUUAAGGACUUUUUUCGAAGUUAAUCCCAGUUGCUGAUGGAAGUAUAAUAUUAAUAAAUAUAUUUAAUACGGUCGAA